UGCGUUCAGCAGGUUGCUAACAGAAAGACGGUCUUGUUCUGUAUCGACGUCGAGGCGUUUGAGCGCAACACCAAAUGUGUACUCGAGAUCGGAAUCUCCAUCUAUGACCCGAGACUCCAGGAAAAUGCCAUGUUUCCGGUGAUACACCAGUUCCAUAUUUUGUUGAAAGAGACACUAAAGAUGAAAAACGGCGCAUUUGUGCCUAACAACCGCGACAACUUCUUGGGCGGGGACUCGUUGGUGCUCUCGUGCGAAAACGCAGCCACCUUGGUACAGCUCUUGAUCAAUCACUACUUUGUCGAUUUGCCCCAGAAGAACCCGGGCUAUGAAACCGCACUUGUGGGCCAUUCCGUCAAGGGUGACGUCACCUGGUUCCAGUCCCUUGGGAUCAGCUUCCCGCAGGAGCUCUUAAUUUUGGAUACCAAAGACGUGUGGGUGGCCUCUCAGGGCGAUAAGGGCUGUAACCUAGGCAAGAUCUUGCAGAGAUUGCGUGUCAACCAUUCGUAUCUCCACAACGCCGGGAACGACGCUUACUUCACGUUGAUUCUUGCAAUGAUGUUGGGCGAUCCGUCCACCAGAAUCCACCAUGAAUUAGAC